CGUAGAGCCCACAAGUCGUUUCGAAAAUGUAUUUUACAAAAAUAGUAUUUAUCGCCAUCAUUUGCAUAAUGAUUGUGAGCUGUGCUUCCGCUUGGGACUUUUUUAAAGAGCUUGAAGGUGUGGGUCAGAGAGUUCGCGAUUCGAUCAUCAGCGCUGGCCCAGCAAUCGACGUACUCCAAAAGGCUAAAGGACUAGUCGACAGUUCUGAAUCAAAGGAAGACGAAUAAAAUUAGAUAGAGCGUCGUAGUAGAGCAGAGUGAGAUAGAGCGAUAGAGUUUUAAAAAGAAAUAUCAUAGAAAGGAUGUGAUUGUGAGACCAAAGAGAGAAAUAGAGAAACAGGGAUACUGCUUAGCCGCCAGGACAAAAAUACAGCAGAAAUAUCGACAAUAGUAUCGCAGACAUAUAAACAUGAAUAUCUUCAAAAGCUAAUAGAACAAUGGAAGAAUAGUCUGGAAUUUUGAAGAAGUAGGGGCUAGUGUUGGUUACACGAUGACACUUAGUGAGCUCCGUAAGUAAGGUGCUACGACAAAGGACGAAGGACACACUUCACUUAUUACCUUGUUGGAGAUGUCUUAUUAUUUCGCGUCUUUAGACUUACUCUGCCCAAAAGUCCUUCUUACUACUUAGUUUUAGAUUGUUUAACGUAGUACUACUACACUAUAAUAAUAUUAUUAUAAUAUAAUCUAAUUAGUAAUGUAAACAAUAUAUUGUAAUAAAUAAAAAAAAAUUAUA